GGCGGUCGCCUUGCGCCGUCAGAGUCGGUUGGGGGAAGAGUGGCGUUGGGAGGGAGUGAGCCGUGCCGCCGCCAUCAUGAGGGAGAUCGUGCACCUGCAGGCCGGGCAGUGCGGGAACCAGAUCGGAGCCAAGUUUUGGGAGGUGAUCAGCGACGAGCACGGCAUCGACCCAACCGGUACCUACCAUGGAGACAGCGACCUGCAGCUGGAGCGCAUUAACGUCUACUACAAUGAGGCCACAGGUGGCAAGUACGUGCCCCGCGCCGUGCUGGUGGACCUGGAGCCCGGCACCAUGGACUCGGUGCGCUCCGGGCCCUUCGGCCAGAUAUUCAGGCCGGACAACUUCGUGUUCGGUCAGAGCGGAGCAGGAAACAACUGGGCAAAGGGCCAUUAUACGGAAGGUGCUGAAUUAGUUGAUUCUGUGUUAGAUGUUGUAAGAAAGGAGGCAGAAAGCUGUGAUUGUCUCCAGGGCUUCCAGCUUACUCACUCUCUUGGUGGUGGUACAGGCUCUGGCAUGGGUACCCUCCUCAUCAGCAAAAUUCGUGAAGAGUACCCAGACCGAAUUAUGAAUACUUUCAGUGUUGUACCCUCCCCUAAAGUAUCAGAUACUGUAGUAGAGCCCUACAAUGCCACACUCUCGGUGCACCAGCUUGUGGAGAACACAGAUGAAACAUACUGUAUUGAUAACGAAGCCCUCUAUGACAUAUGCUUCAGAACACUGAAGUUAACUACUCCGACGUAUGGUGAUCUGAACCAUUUAGUGUCGGCAACCAUGAGCGGUGUUACCACCUGCCUGCGAUUCCCAGGCCAGCUUAAUGCUGACCUGCGGAAGCUGGCAGUGAACAUGGUUCCCUUUCCCCGUUUGCACUUUUUCAUGCCUGGUUUUGCCCCGCUCACGAGCCGUGGGAGCCAGCAGUAUCGUGCUUUAACUGUGCCAGAGCUAACACAGCAGAUGUUUGAUGCAAAGAAUAUGAUGGCUGCGUGUGACCCACGUCACGGCCGCUAUCUGACCGUAGCUGCUGUUUUUAGAGGCCGUAUGUCAAUGAAAGAGGUCGAUGAGCAAAUGCUGAACGUUCAGAACAAAAAUAGCAGCUAUUUUGUUGAAUGGAUUCCUAAUAAUGUUAAAACAGCGGUCUGUGACAUUCCACCUCGUGGCCUGAAAAUGUCUGCCACCUUCAUUGGUAACAGCACAGCCAUCCAGGAGCUGUUCAAACGCAUUUCUGAGCAGUUCACUGCCAUGUUCCGCCGAAAGGCUUUCCUGCACUGGUACACUGGCGAGGGCAUGGACGAGAUGGAGUUCACAGAGGCUGAGAGCAACAUGAAUGACCUGGUGUCUGAGUAUCAGCAGUACCAGGAUGCUACAGCUGAGGAGGAGGGGGAGUUUGAGGAGGAGGCUGAGGAAGAGGCAGAGUAAAAGCUAUGCAGAUGAACACCUGUAAAUUUUGUUUAAAGCUGUAUGAACUCUUUCAUUCAAAACUUCUCUGUCUGUGUUGUGUUCCUCUUCCUGUCUGAAAGUCACUUCAAAUGCUGUACAGGCACCAUUAAAGCAUUUUUCACAGUGCACAA